AUGUCUUCCUUCAUUCCACCACCUUCUCCCUCGUACUCAACCUUCCCAUCCCCCCGGGUAACGGAGGAUUCUGACGAGGAUAAAAUCAACCCUACCAUCGAGAUUCCGGGGUCAGACGGCAGCAACGCCGGCGACAACGACAAUACUAUGGGCACUACCAGUCCUUCCCGGUCUCCCUCAUUCGUACAACCCAUCACAUUCUCCACCGUCAUCGAAAACGACCAUAACACCAUCAACCGCUUCGCAGGGCGUCUGACACGAGCCAAGACCGCCUCCGACCGCGCACACCUGUUGCGAGAAGUCACUUGGCGCCUCGUCCGCCACGACGUCUCCGAGGACCUGGUCAUGCGUCCCGCGUUCAUCGCCCAGCUCGGCGAACAAGGCGAGCACAUGGCCGAACAUGACCGGGCGGACCACGACCGGGCAAAGAACGAGCUCCUCGCUUUGUUUGCAGACGGACCCAGUGCACCCCACUUCGCCACGGUGCUCGAUCGGCUGUUUGCCGAGUUGCUCGAGCACAUGCGCCUGGAGAGCGGCGAGCAGAUCCCGGCACUGGAGCGGAUGCUCGAUCUCCACGAGAGCCAGCGUCUCGGCAAGGAGUACAUUCGGACACAGUCUCUGACCCCCGAGUUGGAGUUGGCCGACGAGCGGGGCGUCAAGGUGAGGGUGUGGAAGGACGUCGAAGAUUACGCGAGAACCGACCUGGCGAGGUUCAAGGAGAUUUACGCGAGGAUGUGUGAAGAGCAGAACAGGAACGGACGGCCGAGACCGACAAAUGGGAAACAUCAUAAAUUAUAA